CGGUGAAAUCUGUCAAGAAGGUGGGCAGAGAGGCGCCGAGCACAAGCCCACCACAACCUCAACUUCGAGAACACCACGUCGUCAUACGCCGCAACUCGAACCACAACCGAACCCCUCAACCGCAUUCCAGCGGCGCGCGAGCAUGUUGGAUACCUUCGAGAUAUUAACGACCUCAGGGGUCGUCCUGUGGUCGCGCUCAUAUGCGCCCGUCAGCUCGAAUAUCAUCAACAGCCUCAUCCGCGAUGUCUUCAUUGAGGAGCGCAUACAGCCACAGUCUGGAGACGCGGGCCAGAAGCCUACAUACCGGAAAGAAACAUACACCUUGAAGUGGACGACUGCAAAGGAUCUGGGAUUAAUCUUCGUGGCCGUAUACCAAUCGCUGGUACACCUAACCUGGAUAGACAAGCUCCUCGACAACGUGCGCGCAUUAUUCGUCGGCCUCUACGGAGAGCAGCUCAAGAAGGAGCACACCAGUAAACUCGACUGUUCAAACUUCGCCCCCUACUUUGAGCGCCAGAUCCAGGACUUGGAGGGGUCGAGCGACUCGGCCACCUCGAACGUGAAACUCACCCCUCCCUCGAGCACCGACAACGACAGCGCAGACGAAAAGUCGCUGAAGCCUCCCGCGCUACGGAAACAGCAGCAUCAACUCUACGAUACAUCGGCGGAUUCGACACCCGUGCCCACCCCGGAAACCUCGAGGCCUACUACCCCGGCGCAGCAUCAUCUGAUAACAGGAAAGGGAAGACCCGGCGCAAAGUUGUCCCGCAGAGAUAGGAAGAAGGCUUCUGCGGCCUCAACACAACCGUCAUCGGGAGACGAGACGAGCGCAAAGCGGAAAGCCAAGGGUUCGGCCAAGAAGAACAGAGUAUGGGGAGAGUUUGGCGCAGAGGAGGAGGACUCGUCUGUGGUCCUGGACUAUUCGCAGUCAGACAUUCGCGAUGAAGGGUCUGCGACGGAGGCUCUCGAGGAGAUCAAGCAAGAGACUUGGGGCCGGAAGACGGGCAAGGGCGAGUUCGUGCUAAAGGAUAUUGAUGAGGAGAUGGACCAGAUAAUAGCAGCCGAGAACGCGAAGAAGCAGAGUUCAACUGCGUCAGGGGGGAUUGUAGGGUCGAGUCUAGGCGCUAUCGGGGGCCUGUUCAGAAAUGUGGUUGGCGGAAAGACCUUGACAAAGGAGGACCUCGCGAAGCCAUUGAAGGGCAUGGAAGACCAUCUAUUGAAGAAGAAUGUUGCACGAGAAGCUGUGGUCAGGUUAUGCGAGAGUGUGGAACGGGAUCUUGUCGGUCUGAAGACCAACAGCUUCACCACAAUCGAUUCUACACUCCGUACUUCGAUGGAGAAAGCCCUCACUAAGAUCCUUACCCCGACAUCCUCUCUCGACCUCCUUCGCGAAAUACAGACUGUGAAUGCCACCGGACGACCGUACGUUAUCUCCAUUGUUGGCGUAAACGGCGUUGGCAAAUCCACGAACUUGAGCAAGAUCGCCUUCUUCCUGCUGCAGAACCAUCAUCGUGUUCUGGUCGCUGCAGCCGAUACCUUCCGAUCCGGUGCGGUUGAACAGCUGGGCGUGCAUGUGAGAAACCUGAAAGAGUUGAGCAAGAGAGAAGGUGGCGAAGUCGAUCUGUUCGAGAAGGGCUACGGCAAAGAUGCUGCAAACAUCGCGGCAGACGCCGUCGCUCAUGCAUCGAAGAAUGGAUUCAAUGUUGUCCUCAUCGACACGGCCGGCCGCAGGCACAACGAUCAGCGGUUGAUGUCCUCGCUUACGAAGUUCGGCAAACUCGCAAAGCCGGAUAAGAUUCUGAUGGUCGCCGAAGCCCUCGUGGGCACAGAUUCCGUAGCCCAGGCGCGCAACUUCAACGCCUCGUUCGGACCGGGUAGAGGACUUGAUGGCUUCGUCAUUUCCAAGUGCGAUACCGUCGGAGAUAUGAUUGGUACGAUUGUGAGCAUGGUGCAUGCUACUGGCGUUCCUGUGGUGUUCUUGGGCGUGGGUCAGCACUACGCGGAUCUGAGGGGUCUCAAUGUGAGCAGCGUAUGUCGAUUGCUGAUGAGCUGAUCUGUACGAAAAUGUACGCUGGAUCGAAUGAAGGCAAUGUGAUGGGCUUCGUGCUAUGAUAUUUUUGGCUGCGCGUCACCUUGCUUUUGUGGGUUUGUGGAGGGAACUUGUAUGGUAUACAUUCUUACUGUACAGGGAUAUAAUGAAUCAGCAUGAUGUUGGCUUCAAGGCUGCCAUUGCGCCUUCAUACAUGGUAUCCUCUCUGAUAGUGCGCAGUCCACAUCUUCGACCGCGCCGUUUCCAUCAACCAU